GUUGGCUGUGGAUUGGGUGCGGUAAAAAUUUAUUAAAAGCCAGGCCAGAGAAGAUAAUCUAGAGAAAAUUACCAAAUUGGAGUAUUAAAACCUGAUUAAAUAAGAAAAUUGUAGUUUUGUGACGUUUAAUAAACCUUCCGUAUCAAGAAUAGAUUACAUCACCCAAACGAAUUCAACCUCCACUGAAUAGGUAGCUUUCGACAUGGAUCAAAUUCCACCUCCCAAGGAGGUUAAAAUCCUCGAAACAGCCGAGGAUAUCCAAGAACGUCGUCAGCAAGUUCUGGCACGUUAUGACAACUUCAAAGCUGACGCUAGAGCCAAGAGGGAAAAACUUGAAGAUUCCAGACGAUUCCAAUACUUCAAACGUGACGCUGACGAACUCGAAUCCUGGAUUUUAGAAAAGCUCCAAGCUGCUUCCGAUGAAAGCUACAAAGACCCCACCAACUUGCAAGCCAAAAUUCAAAAGCAUCAAGCUUUUGAAGCUGAAGUUGCGGCCCAUAGCAAUGCGAUCGUCGUAUUGGACAAUACAGGACGUGAAAUGAUUAAUCAGAACCAUUACGAAUCCGAAACUAUUCGUAGAAGGCUUGAAGAGCUUCAUCGUCUUUGGGAACAACUUUUAUCCAAAUUGGCUGAAAAAGGCAUGAAGCUGCAACAAGCUCUUGUAUUGGUGCAAUUUAUCAGACACUGCGACGAAGUUAUGUUUUGGAUUAAUGAAAAGAGCGCAUUUUUGUCAACUGAAGAAUUUGGACAUGAUUUGGAACAUGUUGAAGUGCUUCAAAGGAAAUUUGACGAGUUCCAAAAAGACAUGGCUUCUCAAGAAUACCGUGUCACUGAAGUGAAUGAAUUAGCUGAUAAGCUUCUUCAAGAUGGUCACCCAGAAAGGGACCAAAUUACUACCAGAAAAGAUGAACUCAACACAGCCUGGCAGAGAUUGAAACAAAUGACUCUGAUGCGUCAAGACAAACUUUAUGGCGCUCAUGAAAUUCAAAGAUUCAAUAGAGACGCUGAUGAAACAGUUGCAUGGAUUUCUGAAAAAGACGUAGUCCUUUCGUCUGAUGACUAUGGCAGGGACCUUGCCAGCGUACAAGCCCUUCAACGUAAACAUGAAGGUGUAGAAAGAGACUUGGCAGCAUUGGAAGACAAAGUUUUGACUUUGGGUAAAGAAGCUGAAAGGUUAUGUGCUAUCCAUGGUGAUCAUGCUGACCAAAUCCAAGCUAAACGCGCCGAAAUUGAAGACUAUUGGCAAAGUCUUACAGCCAAGGCCAAAGAACGUCGUGAAAGACUUGAAGAAUCUUACUCUUUGCAUCGCUUUUUGGCUGAUUUCAGAGAUUUGGUAUCUUGGAUCAAUGACAUGAAAGCUAUUAUUUCGGCUGAUGAAUUAGCCAAGGAUGUAGCUGGAGCUGAAGCUUUAUUAGAACGCCAUCAAGAACAUCGUGGUGAAAUUGACGCUAGGGAAGACAGUUUUGCAGCUACCACUGUGGCAGGAAAACAGUUGUUGGAAAAAGGACAUUAUGCCAGUGAUGAAGUCAAAGAAAAACUUUCUAUGUUGGAUUCUGACAAAAGAUCACUUAUUGCUCUGUGGGACGAAAGGAGAAUUUUGUAUGAGCAAUGCAUGGAUUUGCAAUAUUUCUAUCGUGACACUGAACAAGCUGAUACUUGGAUGGCAAAACAAGAAGCUUUUCUUGCCAAUGAGGAUUUGGGUGACUCCCUUGACUCUGUUGAAUCGUUAAUCAAGAAGCACGAAGAUUUUGAAAAAAGCCUUGCAGCUCAAGAGGAGAAAAUUAAAGCCUUAGAUGAAUUUGCUACUAAACUGAUUGAUGGUGAACAUUAUGCAGCUGAUGAUGUGGCUCAACGUCGUGCCAUGCUUUUGGAACGUAGGAAAGCUUUGAAGGAAAAAUCCAGCAGGCGUAGAGAGCUUUUGGAAGAUGCUUAUAAGCUACAGCAGUUUGAAAGAGAUUGUGAUGAAACCAAAGGCUGGAUAAAUGAAAAACUUAAAUUUGCUCUUGACGAAAGUUACUUGGAUCCUACCAAUUUAGGUGGCAAAGUACAAAAACACCAAAACUUUGAACAAGAAUUGAAUGCCAAUAAAACAAGAAUGGAGGAUAUUACUUCUACAGGUCAAGAGCUAGUAGAAGCCAAUCAUUAUGCAGCUCCAAGAAUUCAGUCCCGUAUGGAAGAAAUUGUACAGCUUUGGGAAACUUUAGUCCAAGCUACUGACAAGAAAAAUUCAAAACUUCAAGAAGCCAGUCAGCAACAACAAUUCAACAGAACUAUUGAAGAUAUUGAGCUAUGGUUGAGUGAAAUUGAAGGCCAAUUGAUGUCUGAGGAUUAUGGAAAGGAUUUGACAAGUGUGCAAAAUUUGCAAAAGAAACAUGCUCUAUUAGAAUCCGAUGUUGCUUCCCACCAAGACAGAAUUGAAGCAAUCACAUCUGCAGCAACCCAGUUUGUUGAAAGGGGACACUUCGAUGCUGACAAUAUUGCUCACAAACAAAAAGUUCUCUCUGAUAGAUAUGCCGCCCUUCAAACACCAAUGGCUAUCAGAAAACAACGUCUUUUGGAUUCUUUGCAAGUCCAACAACUUUUCCGUGACAUUGAAGACGAAGAAUCUUGGAUUCGUGAGAAGGAACCAAUUGCUGCUUCCACUAACAGAGGUCGCGAUUUAAUUGGGGUUCAAAAUUUGAUUAAAAAACACCAAGCUGUUUCGGCUGAGAUUCAUAAUCAUGAUGGAAGGAUUACUGCUGUUGUAGAAGCUGGCAGACAAAUGACCGAAGAUGAGCAUUUUGCUAGUGACGAGAUCAGAAAUAGAGUGACUGCUUUGAAUGACCAUUGGGAACAUCUUAAAGACAAAUCGCAACAACGUAAACAAGAUUUGGAAGACUCUCUUCAAGCUCAUCAAUAUUAUGCUGACGCAAACGAAGCCGAAUCGUGGAUGAAAGAAAAAGAACCUAUUGUGGCUAAUAUUGAUUAUGGAAAAGAUGAGGAUUCUUCUGAAGCUUUAUUGAAGAAGCAUGAAGCUUUAAUGAGCGAUUUGAUUGCUUUUGGAAACACUAUUGAAUCACUUAAAGAACAAGCUAGAAGCUGUAGGCAACAAGAACCUCCUGUAGUCGACGUAACUGGCAGGGAAACUGUUCAGGCUUUGUACGACUACACUGAAAAAUCAGCCAGAGAAGUGUCAAUGAAAAAAGGUGAUCUUUUGCAUCUACUGAAUUCCAACAACAAAGAUUGGUGGAAAGUUGAAAUCCACGAUCGUCAAGGUUUUGUGCCAGCUGCCUACGUCAAAAAAGUCGACGCUGGCUUGACAGCUUCUCAACAAAAUCUAAUUGAAAACAGCUCUAUCUCUGCACGUCAGCAACAAAUUAACACUCAGUAUGAUAGGCUUUUGGCUUUGGCCCAAGAACGUCAAGAUAAACUUAAUGAAACUGUUAAGGCUUAUGUGUUGGUUAGAGAGGCUGCUGAAUUGGCCAAUUGGAUUAAGGAUAAGGAGAUGCAUGCUCAAGUGCAAGAUGUUGGAGAAGAUUUAGAACAGGUUGAAGUCCUCCAAAAGAAAUUUGAUGAUUUCCAAACUGACUUGAAAGCAAACGAAGUUCGUUUAGCGGAAAUGAACGAAAUCGCUAUGCAAUUGGUGUCUUUGGGACAAACUGAAGCCGCUUUGAAAAUCAGAACCCAAAUGGAUGAUUUGAAUACGAAAUGGACAAGUUUGCAGCAGUUGACCUCUGAGAGAGCUAGCCAGUUGGGAUCUGCUCACGAAGUUCAACGAUUCCAUCGUGAUGUAGAUGAAACCAAAGAUUGGAUCCAAGAAAAAGACGAGGCGCUUAACAAUGAUGAUUUAGGCAAAGAUUUACGAAGUGUACAGGCUUUGCAAAGGAAACAUGAAGGCUUGGAAAGGGAUCUGGCUGCCUUAGGCGACAAGAUUAAACAACUUGAUGACACUGCUAACAGACUAAAACAAUCCCAUCCAGAACAAGCAGAGCAAACUUUACACAAACAACACGAAAUUACCGAGUUAUGGACGCAACUUACUGCCAAGGCUAAUUCACGCAAAGAAAAACUGUUGGACUCCUAUGACUUGCAAAGAUUCCUCAACGAUCAUAGAGAUUUGCUUUCUUGGAUCAAUUCUAUGUUGGGAUUGGUCAGUUCAGAGGAGCUUGCCAAUGAUGUUACAGGGGCUGAGGCUCUUAUUGAAAGACAUCAGAACAACAAGGCGGAGAUUGAAGCAAUCUUUGGAUAUCCACAGGAACAUCGCACUGAAAUCGAUGCCAGAGCAGGCACUUUCCAUGCCCUCGAACAAUUCGGUCAGCAACUAUUGAACUCUAACCAUUACGCUAGUCCAGAAAUCCAAGAGAAACUAGAACAACUCAACCAAGCUCGCGCCGAUUUAGAAAGGGCUUGGAUUGACCGCAGGUUGCACUUAGAUCAAAACUUGGAGCUCAACUUGUUCUACAGAGAUUGUGAACAAGCUGAAAACUGGAUGAGCGACAGAGAAGCCUUCUUGGCUUCAGAUGAAGUUGAUUCCAACGGAGACAAUGUAGAGGCUCUUAUUAAGAAGCAUGAAGAUUUUGACAAAGCCAUUAAUGCUCACGAAGAAAAAAUUGGAACUUUGCAAACUUUGGCUGAUCAAUUGAUUGCCAGAGAGCACUAUGCUUCUCAAGCCAUUGACGAUAAGCGUAAGCAAGUUUUGGACAGAUGGCACCACCUUAAAGACGCUCUGAUUGAAAAACGUUCAAAAUUAGGCGAAAGUCAAACUUUGCAACAAUUUUCUAGAGACGCUGAUGAAAUUGAGAAUUGGAUCGCUGAAAAAUUGCAAUUGGCGACUGAGGAAAGCUACAAAGAUCCUGCUAAUAUCCAAUCCAAGCACCAGAAACAUCAAGCGUUUGAAGCUGAAUUGGCAGCUAAUGCUGAUCGUAUUGGGAGCGUACUUAGUAAUGGUGGAAAUUUGAUUGAUAAGAAGCAAUGCGCUGGUUCUGAAGAAGCUGUAAAGAGGAGGCUUGAAUCUAUUGCUGACCAAUGGGAAUUCCUUACUCAAAAAACAACAGAAAAAUCCAUGAAAUUAAAAGAAGCCAACAAGCAAAGGACUUACAUUGCUGCUGUCAAAGAUUUGGACUUUUGGUUGGGUGAAGUUGAAAGUUUACUCACCAGCGAAGACGCAGGAAAAGAUUUGGCUUCAGUGCAAAACCUGAUGAAGAAACAUCAAUUAGUCGAAGCCGAUAUUCAACAUCACGAAGAUAGGAUAACCGAUAUGAACAAACAAGCUGAUUCUCUUAUCGAAUCUGGCCAAUUUGAUACUGCAUCAAUUCAAGAGAAACGUCAAUCGAUUAACGAACGCUACGAACGAAUUAAAAACUUGGCUGCUCACAGACAAGCGAGACUUAACGAAGCAAAUACUCUUCACCAAUUCUUCAGGGAUAUUGCUGACGAAGAAUCCUGGAUCAAAGAGAAGAAAUUGCUGGUGGGAAGUGACGAUUAUGGACGCGAUUUGACUGGUGUCCAAAACUUAAAGAAGAAACACAAACGUCUUGAAGCUGAAUUAGCUUCCCACGAACCUGCUAUCCAAGCUGUUCAAGAGGCUGGUGAAAAAUUGAUGGACGUUUCCAAUUUAGGUGUACCAGAAAUUGAGCAAAGGCUUAAGGCUUUGAACCAGGCUUGGGCUGAACUAAAACAAUUCGCUGCCACUAGAGGACAAAAAUUGGAUGAAAGUUUGACCUAUCAACAAUUCUUGACCAAGGUUGAAGAAGAGGAAGCAUGGAUCAGCGAAAAACAACAACUCCUCAGUGUCGAAGACUAUGGAGAUUCAAUGGCCGCUGUGCAAGGUCUAUUGAAGAAACAUGACGCGUUUGAAACUGAUUUCCAAGCUCACCGAGGUCGUUGCAAGAACAUUUCUGAAGAAGGCACUCAAUUGGCCGCUGCUGGAAAUCAUCAUGCUGACAGUAUUAACCAGCGUAUUCAGCAAUUGCAAACGAAGUUGGACCAUUUGGCUGCCUUGGCGGCUAGAAGGAAGGCUAAACUUGUGGACAAUUCUGCUUACUUGCAGUUUAUGUGGAAGGCCGAUGUAGUUGAAAGCUGGAUUGCUGAUAAAGAAACGCAUGUUAAAAGUGAAGAAUUUGGAAGAGACUUGUCUUCAGUGCAAACCUUGUUAACUAAACAAGAAACUUUUGAUGCUGGGUUAACUGCCUUUGAACACGAAGGCAUCCAAAAUAUCACAGCACUUAAAGACCAAUUAGUGGCAGCCAAUCACGAUCAAACUGCUUCAAUCGUGCAACGUCAUUCUGACGUUAUCGCUAGAUGGCAGAGCCUUUUAGCUGACUCAGACGCCAGAAAGCAACGUCUUCUUCGUAUGCAAGAACAAUUCAAGCAAAUCGAAGAAUUAUUCUUGAUGUUUGCCAAGAGAGCGUCUGCUUUCAACUCCUGGUUCGAGAAUGCAGAAGAAGAUUUAACUGAUCCUGUCAGGUGCAACUCCAUCGAGGAAAUUAGAGCUUUGAGGGAUGCUCAUGCUCAAUUCCAAGCGUCGCUUUCCAGCGCUCAAGCAGAUUUUGAUGCUCUAGCAGCUUUGGACAGGCAAAUUAAGUCGUUCAAUGUCGGUCCUAAUCCGUAUACUUGGUUCAAUAUGGAAGCUUUGGAAGAAACCUGGAGGAAUCUUCAAAAGAUUAUUGCUGAAAGGGAUGCUGAGUUGGACAAGGAGGCUCAAAGGCAGGAAGAAAAUGAUAAAUUGAGAAAGGAGUUUGCUAAACAUGCCAAUGCUUUCCAUCAAUGGUUGACAGAGACUCGAACCUCAAUGAUGGAAGGCUCAGGAUCAUUGGAACAACAAUUAGAGGCGACCAAACGCAAGGCAGCUGAAGUUAGAGCACGUCGUUCUGAUUUGAAAAAGAUUGAAGAUUUAGGUGCAAUUUUGGAAGAACAUCUAAUUUUGGAUAACAGAUACACGGAACACUCAACAGUAGGUUUGGCACAACAAUGGGAUCAACUUGACCAAUUGGGAAUGAGGAUGCAACACAAUUUGGAACAACAGAUACAGGCUCGUAACCAAUCAGGAGUUAGUGAAGACGCCCUAAAAGAAUUCUCAAUGAUGUUCAAGCACUUUGACAAAGAAAAGUCAGGCAAACUCAACCACCAGGAGUUCAAGAGUUGUCUUAGAGCACUCGGUUACGAUCUACCCAUGGUGGAAGAGGGGCAACCUGAUCCUGAAUUUGAUGCUAUACUAAAUGUUGUAGAUCCAAACAGGGAUGGUUAUGUAUCAUUGCAAGAAUACAUGGCAUUCAUGAUAAGCAAGGAAACCGAGAAUGUGCAAAGUUCUGAGGAAAUUGAAAAAGCAUUUAGAGCAAUCACUGCUGGAGAUCGCCCCUAUGUUACAAAAGAAGAGUUAUAUGCUAAUCUUACCAAAGAGAUGGCUGAUUACUGUGUAGCCAGGAUGAAACCUUUCCUGGAACCGAAAACGGAACGACCAAUCGCUGGAGCAUUGGAUUAUAUAGAUUUUACGCGCACCCUUUUCCAAAACUAGUACUCUUAAGGUUAAGGCUUAAAAAUAUAUAAUCACUAUAUAUACAAAAGAUUUAUUUAAAAAAAUAUAUAUUAAAUAUUUACUUCUAGCUUAAGCUUUAAGCUGUCCUAAAAAAAAAUAUAUGGUUCAAAAAAUGUAUUGUGGCUUUAGCUUAAAAGUUCUCUGCUGCAUUUUUCUCUUGUGUGUUAUACAUAAUAAUUAUUUAUAUUUUUCUUAAAUUGGUUUUGGAACAAAAGCAUCACUUGACAGCUAUUUAAUAAUGUGUUCUUUUUGUACUUUAUUUAUUAUUAGCCAGCACUUUCUGUGUAAUUCUCAAUAAAAUAUAUUGACUUUCGCUUUAAAAAUUUGCAGUUUUAUUUAUAAACUAAGGAUGCAUUUCAAUAUAUCCCAAAUCGACUUCGUUCAAUUCUUUU